AUGAGCACUCAUUCGUCUUCCCGCAAGAAUUCACCACGCAAGUUCGUCUCCGAAAGCUCAGAUACACGCAGCUUGACCAGCAGCAAGUUCGCCCAGCUUCUCUCCAAGUUUGAAGUCCUUGAAGCAGUCUCCUCCGUCGGCAGCCCUCCUCUUCCUUCGUCAAAGAUAAAGCCCACUUCUGCCAUCAAGGUCACUUCGACAAUUGAACAAACUUCAUCGAGCGCCUCGAAGCCAUCAUCCCACGCAUCAACAACAAGACGAGAAAGAGGCUCAACGGGUUCUAGCCAUGUCUCAUCCAGUCGUUUCGUUCCUUCAAGCCAAGAACCCCCUCGUACCCGUCGGGUGAAAACCUUUGGUGCCCAGUCGCCUAUGAUCUCGACUAGAAAUGCGGAAUCAAAGGCAAGGCAAAAGUCUGUGGCAGAGAGACGAAUAAUAUUUGAGGCUGCAGGCCAACAGGCGCAAAUAGAAGCCUCUAGUCCAACCCGUACUUCCAUUCCUCGUUCACCGUCCAAGUUGGCUCACUCCAAAAGUUGGCAAUCGAUCAAGACGAGACGGUCAGCAGCAGAGCCAAGAGAAGACGAUGUUCCCACUACACCGAUCCCAGUGCACGUUGCAAAAACAUUCUCGCCCACGUCUCAUACUAUUCCUUCGCCUAGGACACUUCUGGCUUCUGAUGAUCCUUUUGGCACAUGGCGAUCUCCUUUGAAUCGGCCGGACGACUCAUGGACUUCUUUCAAGCGUAGCAGCCUCGUCAUGAGUGCGCCGGACGCGAGUCCAAGCUACAUCAAGUCUCAGUACACAGAACUGACACCAUCGUCUGUACAGGCGGUAUCUACGAGUCGAUUCAAGCUUGACGAUGUCCAUGAUGAUGUUUUUGUUGAAAAGAACGUCAUAAUCGAAGAGACCCGGCAGAAUGGCUGGGUGCGAAAUGCUCGCAAGAUAGCAUCUUCGUUGUCAAAUACAGUCUCUGCAGGAAGUUCAAGCCUGCGAAGGAAAUCCCGUGGAUCCCCUGAUGCUCCCAGCCAACCUCCGAGCAAUAGCGGCGGCCUUAUGUCGUUCAGGAUCUCCAACCUCAGAAAGCAGUUUGAUCAAUUGAAGGAUCAGCCAGUGGCUUCUGUUGCUCCUCUUGAAACAAAACGGCGCGAGUCAAUCCUAACCAAGACUUCGGCGUCUAGCUCGCCAUCGAAGCAUCCUCUUUUGGGAUACUCCGAUUCUUCGGAGUCCGAAAUGCUGAACACGCCAAAAUUCAGGUCAAAAAGUUAUGCUCCCCGUGGGAGCCGAGCUACGGUGGAAAGUCCACAAACUCCAGCUGGACGGCGUAACACGGAGAAGCACAUUUCACCUUUGAAGCAAAAGAUCGACUUGUUUGAGUCCCUUGAUCGCCAGGUCCCUUCGCUCGAUUCUCCCCGUCCCAUUGAGACUAGUAAGCAAUCUAUGUUCAAGAUCAAGCGAAAGAGUUCUGCUGUUGGUCCUCUGAGGAGCUUCAAGGGUACCCUUCGACGAAUUUCUACAUCUUAUCGAAGGAUACCCUCAGAAUGGAGCACUACAAGUUCUAGAGAUAUCGCCCCCUCCCAAGUUAGGGGCUCCGAUGAAGAUACUGUGGUGCAGGGUGGUCAGAGUGUUGAAUCUGCAAAUGACGAACCGCUAUCACCCCGUUCAAUUGAUGCGGUUCCUGGUCAGCCCGUUCUCGGCCAAACUUUUCUCACCAACGAUAUCAUCUCGCCUCUUUCGCUGGAAAAGCGAUCGUCUCUCCCUCGAACUUCCAUCACUCAAGCAGGCUUCAACAUAGAUGGAGAGCCUGGACUUAGUGUAGCGCCGCCUCCUUUGUUCGCAGAACCUCAAAGGCGAUUCUCUCACACCAAGUAUGCCCUCUCCCGAAAGGCAAACCGGUUUUCUCUACCCGACAUUGAAAAGGAACUUGAACUCAUCGAGCUUCUUGAGAAUGAUCCUGAGACUGUAGCCGCGCACAGCACAUUGGUCUCCAAGGUAGUCUGUGAGUUGGAGCAACCUCGACCGGUACGCGCGAAUGAGCUGAAGCGACUUGUUAGUUUGUGCAAGGAAAAGGUCAGAAAGAUGUCAGGAGGCCGCAGCGAGUAG